GCCUAGCAGCAAGAGAGGACGGCGUAAACAAAGCAGAGAGCAACACAACCAGCUAACGUUAAUUAGCUAAUGUUUCGCGACUAACAACAGUAUAGCUACAUUCGGUUCGUUAAGAAAAACGCUUUAUUGUUGUUGUUGUUUUAACACCGGUUGUUUUUCCCCCCCCGUUUUGUACGAAUACUCUAUUCCUGUGCUGGAACUAAACGAGGAGAAAAGACAGCUUCUUAUGCUCAAGCUAGUUACCUUAAAUCCUAACGGAGGCACGGAUUUAGCAUUUCUGGAAAUGGAUGCUGUCUGAAGUGAGGUGUGUCUUCAACACCUGGUGACAACCGCUGGAUUCAUCGGCGCUGUUUAAUGUCGAGUGUUUAUACGAAGGUUGCAAACGUCGGUGCUAUCACGACUUAGCUCGCUAUGUAGCUAAUUCGGUCUAUGAGCUGCCUCUUCAAGGCUGGAUCGUGGCGUGACGGUCCACUCCACUGCUGCCAUCUGGACUCGAACUGAGAUGUUUAGCCUCAUGGCGAAUUGCUGCAGUUGGCUAAAACGUUGGCGAGAGCCCGCAAGGAAAGUGACACUGGUGAUGGUGGGACUGGAUAAUGCAGGGAAGACGGCAACGGUACGAGGAAUCCAAGGAGAGGAUCCCAACGACGUGGCCCCGACCGUAGGUUUUUCCAAGGUCGACCUGAAGCAGGGCAAGUACGAGGUCACUAUCUUUGACCUCGGCGGCGGGAAGAGAAUCCGCGGCAUCUGGAAGAACUACUACUCCGAGUCAUACGGUGUGGUGUUCGUGGUGGACUCCAGCGAUGUGCAGCGGAUCCAGGAGACGCGGGAGACCAUGGCCGAGGUCCUUCAGCAUCCACGCAUCGCAGGCAAACCGGUGCUAGUACUUGCAAACAAACAGGACCAGGAUGGAGCGUUAGCUGAAGCAGACAUCAUUGAGAACCUGUCGUUAGAGAAGCUUGUAAAUGAGAACAAGUGUCUCUGUCAGAUCGAGCCAUGCUCUGCGGUCCUGGGUUACGGCAAAAAGGUGGACAAGUCCAUCAAGAAGGGCCUGAACUGGCUCCUCAGCAACAUCGCCAAAGACUACGAGACAAUUACUGAGCGUGUGCAGAAGGACACGGCUGAGCAACGCGCGCAGGAGGAGCAGGACAAGAAGGAGCGGGCCGAGAGAGUACGGCGGAUACGAGAAGAGAGAGAACGUCAGGAGCGGGAAGGGGCAGAACGAGAAGGCAGGCCGAUCCAGGAAGAAGAGCCUGAUGAUGAAACCGUGCUCAGCCCGUUCCAGCCAAUCAACAGUGUCAUCUCUGAGAAUGAGGAUAAAGAAAAGGAGCGGAGUCGGCAGAGAGAGCUGCAGGAGGGCAGGACUAAGGCUGAUGUUGGUCAAGAGGAAGAGGAGUAUGAGGAGGAAGACCCAGACGACUCCAGGCAAACGCCGGAACACUCCAGUUCGGCCACAUCUGUCGAGCAGAACAAGAAGAAGACACGGAAGCUUCACCUCAAGAGGAAGCACCGCGUGGACCCACUGAGGACAGAGGACGGGCCAACGGAGAGCCCCACCCCUCCACCUCCACCAGUGGGAUGGGCCACACCCAAAGUUUCUAGACUGCCCAAACUAGAGCCACUGGGAGACUCAAAACAUUCUGACUUUUACAAGCCUCUCCCUCCGCUUGCAAACAGGCCGCGGCCUAACGGCGACACUGAUGACGUCAUCUUUUAAACCUCUCUUUAGUGAGGUUGACUCCCGACCAAUCACUGCUCUCCCUUCUUUUUUCUUUCUUUUUUUUACUUUCUGUCUCAAGCGAGUGAAGUCUAGACAGCGAAACGCGCAGACGGCACGGGAGGGGGGGGUGCGAGCCAGCGUGUGGUGGACUGCGAGUGACGUGGAGCAUCAUGGGAAAUGGAGUCCUUUCCUCGGAAGCUGAGAUUUGUCUUCACAAGCUGACACAAGUCGGUGUGAAUCGCUGAACUUGUACUGAGCUGCUUUUAUUUUUAUCUGUCAGAAGUGUUUUCACUUCUAACGACUGAAACUUUGUUUUAUAUUCCGUGUAUCAGUGUUAGAUUGGACUGAAAUGCUUUUAAACUGACAAACAUAUGUAAAUAUGUUCAUUCUGACCCUGUAUAUGGAAUUUGUCUGUCAUAUUUUAUUCAUUUAUUUUUGGUAUCUUCAGUUUUGUAGUGGAAACAAAGAGUUUUAAGUGCUUUAAAUGAGGUAUUUUUCAAAUUGGAACAAAUCAUAUUCCCCCUGAAAAAGCAGGAGUGAGAAAGGAGGCUUACAAAGAAGUUAGCACCAUUCUGACAUUCUGGAGGCCGAUACUGGUCAAAAUCACCAGAUUGGAGGUCAGAAAAAGAAUAAAGAAAGACUCGAUAUCAUCUGUAAAUAUCCCCAUAAAUGCUUACGUCACGGUACAUUUUGGUUUGGUACAGAGCGGUAUGGUUUGGUUUGGUAAAGCCCUGGGUCAGGCUCUGCGUACUCUGACCAUACCAUGUCAUUUCACUCUGUUACAAACAAUAGAACGGUUGUGGGCUGGUUAUUUUAGUACUCUUCCUAAUGGAAACGCACAAAAAUAUGUACCGUGCUGUAUCAAACUGAACCGUGUUGUUUAAAAUGACAAUGUUUUGGGCGGAAAUUGCAAAGAAAACCUAAAAAAAAAAAAAGAGUUAAAAGUUAAAACAACCGAGGUUCACAGACGGAGUUAUUUUAACAUCCUGCAGAUUUAACUCGGGGAAAAUCCAUUCUGCCUACUGCAGCAAUUUGUUUCUUCCAUUAUGGGAGGAAAAUAUUUGUUUUUGAAGUGGCUGUUCAUGGUUCGGCGGUAAAUGCAUUGGCACAGAUGUGGUAUAAACAGCUUAGUUGUUUUUAAACCAAAUGUAAGAAGAAAAAAAAAAAAAGGAUUAGUAUGGAGCCCAUCCCUACUCCACACUGUAAUAUAGAACAUCUUCCUGUGUGCGGACAUGUAACACUACAUUAUGAAUGUUAAUGGGUCGGGUUUAUUCUUGAAUGUCUCCACAUUUCAAUUGUAAAGUUGCUUUUUUUUAUGGCCACGAAGAGAAAAAAACCCAUCUAUGAUACAUUGGUGUGUUUUUGCCAGCAGCAUCAUAAAGGACUGUACAUUUGUAUGUAUUGUUUAAAAAAAAGGCAAACAGAAAAUCUACGUGUCUGCAGGGCUUCAGAUUGUUUUUAUGCAUUCUACUGUUCACACUGUGUACCUGUUUUUUUAAAGUGAUAUUUCUCUGGAGGCAGAAAAUGAGUCACAAUAAUCCCCUCUCAGGUGGCACCAAGGAGGGAGCCAGUGUUGCUGCUCCUGUUUGUUUGUUUGUUGUUGCUCACUCUUCUCCACUCGUGGACACUUUGGCAAACAACAAAGCAAAUGAAGCAGAAGCCAACAUUGAAUCUGAAAAGGGUUUAAAAUAAAUAAAUAAAUAAAUCGUCCCAAGUUUUAGGUCUUUGUUGCGGCAGGAUCAGUGGAUACUGGGUCAGGACGCCUGAGAAUAAGACACUGAAAUAUCACUUUGAAACCACAGUAUAUGAAAACUAGAGUGCACCACCGUCCAUUAACUUAAGUUAAUGUGCGAGGUGUUUAAAAGACUUCUGUUUUUUUACUCAAUUUGAAUUUUAUAACGGCACAAUAAAAUAUGUUUUCAGUAAUA